AUCGAUAUAACUGCAUUCAAAAAGCAAAUUGAUUGAAUUGGCGCCUGUUUCGGUAAUUAUUUUUGUGAAAGCAAUUUUAUAUAUUAAAGAAAACAAAUCAUAAUUCGAUCAUAAAAAUGGCAAAUAUUUGGCAUGAUAAGCGCACCUUUGUGGAUGAGAACAAAUUUUCCUCAGCAAAACUACAGCAAACACAUCCAAGAGUACAUUCCGUAAAAAAGAAGCAAGUUUUUGGAGAACUAAAAAAUGUAAUUCAUAAUCAGUUGGGUGUAACUCCGCUAAAAGGUGGCUUAAAAGAAAAUCAAUUUGAUACAUUUAAAAGCAGUACAGCAAAAACACGAUUGUGUAUACCGAAUGACGUUAAGAAAUUGUCCGUAGAUCCUAUUGAACUAUUCGAUUUUUUUGAUUUCCCUAAAGCAUGUUGUACUAAAAGUUGCGGCAAAAGUACUGCCGAAAUAUGGUCAGAAUAUAAUAGUAUUGAUGAAGUUGCCUUGUUAAAGGCGAUGGAGAAAAUCAGAAACGGUGGACCCAUUAGAGAUUUCGAUGAAGGGUCGAAUAGGGACAUUGAAGAUUUUUGUGAGCCUGAAGAGGAUGAGGAUUCGCUUGCGAAAUACGGGAAACCCUAUUUGUAUUUGGAGGAUUGCAUCAACGAUUUCACUUCGUGCUCCAUCGAACUUCCAAAAUUUGAUUUUGGUAAUGACUUACUUUUGAAAUGCUAAUUUUAUAAUAAUUUGUAGCAGCCAAAUCAUAAAUUCAGAAUAUAUUUUAAAUGUAUUUUACUCGU